AGCACGUGACCAGAGCAACUCACGUGAUUCUUCAGUGACCAGGGGAACCUGAAGUGAAGGAAAGAGAUUGGUGCCGAAUGGAGUUUCACAAGGAGUGUAUCUGCUGACGAGAGAGUGAGAGGGCUUCGGCCUGGCUCACUCUGCAUUUGAAUUCACUGAAGGACUGACAGAGGGAGUUUCUGUGGAGGUGACGCUGCUGAAAGGUGGGACUAGCAUCACGGCUUCGAGCAUCUGCAGACAGCUCCAGUUCAGCAGCUGACAGGCUACACUGACAGACACAAAUCUCACCGUGCGAACAGUCAAAGGGGAUGAGGUAGCAGAAUGGGAACAAACUAUACUGAAGCUUUCUCCGUCGCACUGAUCGAUGCAGCGUUUGACAAGGAUGAGUGUGUCCGGAAGGAGGUCUCGCAGGCUCUUCGGGAGCUGGGCCGGAGCCACCCUCGCCUCGUUCUCCUGGCCUGUCACUCCUACCUCAGUAAACACAGUAAGUUGCUACAGGGCCAUCGCGUCAUCGUACUCCACACAAUGGAGGCCAUCGUCCAAGAAACCAUCAGCCAACUAGACCAGUCCCUGGCCAAGAUGAUCAUCUCCUUGGCUUCCGACGAGAUGACCCGGAUGAAGGAUAUUGUCCCCGAGUGGCAAGAAGCUGCCAGCCAGCUGCUGGUGGCCCUGGGCUGCAGGUUCAUCAACGAGGUGAUGGAGGAGAUUCUGCAGAAGUUCCAGCCGGGGGUCCUGCCCCAUUACUUUGUGGUUCAGACACUGGGCAACCUCGCCACGGCAAACGUGUAUGGUAUGGUGCCCUUCCUGACGGCCAUCUUGGGGACAAUGCUGCCAAUGCUGGGGAUGGCGAAACAUGACUCUAUGAAAUCCGUGUUCACCAUCGCUCUGGGCCGUUUCAGCGAGAGUAUCCUGGAGUACCUGGCAAACCUGGAUAAGGCCCCAGACCCCACUGUCAGGAAGGACGCAUUCUCCAGCGAGAUCUACACUUCCUACGAGAUCCUUUUCAACGUGUGGCUGCAGCACAAAGAGGCCAAGCUGAGGGCCAGUGUGGUGGACGCUGUUGGCCACAUGUCGUACCUGCUACCACCCGACAAACUGGAGGAACAACUGCCCAAACUAAUCCCCGGCAUCCUGUCUCUCUACAAGAAACAUUCCGAACACUUCCACAUCACCCAGAGCCUGUGCCAUGUGCUGGAUGCUGCAGUGGAAAUGGGCAGCCGAGUGCUGGAGACCCAGAUAGACAAUCUGCUCAGCAUAUUACACCCCCAGGUGUGUACUCCCCUGGAUUACAGCAAUCACACGGCAGUCAAGAACCACAAUGAAGCUCUCCGCUGUUUCACCGUGCUGGCUCGUGCCUACACUGACCGGCUCAUCGCCUUCCUGCUGCAGAGGUUAGAGGUUCAUAGUGAACGGACCCGCAUCGGCACCCUGACUAUCAUCAAACACCUCAUCAACUCCGCAUCCCCACAGUUGGAGAGUAAGAAGGCUCUGAUAUUGGCUGGAAUGAAGUUCACAAUCCAGGACAGCAACAACAAGGUGAAGUGGAUGGUGGCUCAGGUGAUCAGUGCAAUGGCUCACCACGACUACCUGGAGCUGGAUGGAGGUGAAGCGAUGGUGGAGUUUAUCAUCCGACAGUGCGCCUUGCCCUGUGAACCCGGGACGCCCAAACCUCGGAGUUACGACCCUGACGAAGUGACGGACGAGAGCCUGCGGAGUAUGUGUGACAAUAUCCUGAACCUGUUGACCACCACCGUCAAGAAGAUGGAGAACGUCCUGUGGCCGUUCUUGCUGGAGUUUAUCAUCCCCCCGCAGUAUCUCAACGCCCUGGCUCCUGUGUGUCGUAGCCUCGCCCACUUGGGAAUGAAGAAACUGCAGCACAACGAGGGGCUUCAGUUCACCCACCAGGAGCCAGAUCUGCCCAAACCUCAGCUGCUUCUGACUCGGUUACUGGUGGUCUCGGCUUUCCCGUUCCGGGGGAGGGGCCGAGGGGUCCCGGCGCUGAGGUUCCUCCAGGUUGCUGCACCCCUCGUCCAUCCACAGUUGGUGAGGGUCUGGAAUGAGGAGAUUCCUCCACUUAUUCAGCACCUGGAAGAGAAUUCUGAGGGCUCCCUGCCCCAGCGACACUGGGAGGAUAAGCUGCUGCUGUUACUGUCCAGGAGCCUGGAGGCUGUCACUCCGGGAGAUGAGACCUGGAGCAGUCAGCUCAGUGAGGAGAUGACCAAACACCUCGGGAACUACGGCAACCGCCCCCACGAGAAGGGCUUUCUCUAUAAGUGUGUCGGGGUGGUGCUGAGACAGACAGGCAGCCAGAACGUGGUCAGAAAGCAGCUCGUGGAGAUCCUACAGUCAGUACGACACACCGAGCCCCUGGAGAGAGAGGGUGUUGCGGUGUGUAUCGGGUUCUGUGCGAAGACCCACCUCGAUGUCACUCUGACAAAGCUGGAGGAGUUUGGGAAGUCUGACACCUUGAAGAAAUCACCAAGUCUGUUCCAAAUCCUCAAGGACAAGUCGGAUGUGGAUGUGGAGAAAGCCAAGAGCACUCUGAUCCUGUGUUACGGUUACCUGACUCUGUACGCACCUAAGGAACUGAUUCUGGCUCGGAUCGAGAAAGAUGUCAUCAAGCAAGUCCUGAGCCACUUUAAUACAAAGGUUCUGGGCAUUAAAGUUGAAACGAAGGACCUGACCAUUAAGCUGAGCCUGAUGAAGAGUAUCUCGCUGAUUGCUCGUGCGAUCUACGCCAAUGAACAAAACAAUUCCUACAAUUUCACUCGCAAGAGAGAGCUGCUAGUCUACAUGCAGGAUCUGAUCAAGUUGGAGCCGAUGGAUGUUUUACGGACUCCGAUCCGACAGCACGCCAUGAUCACGUGUUCCCACUUGCUGAAGCUGGAUCCCAUGGUGAAUGAGACGGACAUGUUUGAGCUGAUCAGGACCUGCCUGGACAGUGUGUUUGGGCUGCCUCCCCUCGGGAUGGACCGCAGCAAGGACGAGGCCUGUAUCGACGUGAAGGAGAGAGAGUGUCUCUCUCUCUCCCCCCUCCCCGUCUGUGUCUCUCUCUCUCUCUCUCUUCUCCCCCUCUCCUCCCAUCUCUGUCUUAUCCCCCCCCCCCGGCAGCAUGUCGAAGGUUGGAUUACCUCGAGCAGGGAUUGGGAGCGGGAGCGAGCUAUGAUUGUAACCUCCAGGCUGCUAUUGUUUUAUCUGGAGAGACUCAAUGUUCGGAUGAUGGUUUCCUUUCACAAUCUGGGUGCGUUGAUUGGGCGUCUGGUCCCUCGCUGCACUGAUCCUCUGAUGACCGUACGGCAGAAUGCGCUGGAGGCUCUCUACACGCUCCUCUCCAUCCAACUGCGCUACGCUGGGUUUGCCCUCGAUCACACAGAUGAGUCUCUGAGCCGGUUGAAGGGUUUACAGAACAGUCUCCACCAAUCAGACAGCAAGCUGCUGUUCCAUACCUGCUCCGAAAUCGGCCAGGUGGUAGCGAGGAGCCUGCCUCAGGACCAGCUCAGCUCCCUGCUCUUCAUGCUGCUGGAGGCUCUCGCUGACCCUCACCCCCUCUGCUGCAGUGCAGCCUCUGUUAUCAGCAACACCCUCAUCAGGGUCCGGGGCAGCGGCCUCUCCAACCAGAUCCCCGAGCUGCUGGAAGUGUUACACAUCCGCCUCCAGGCCAUCGUGCAGGAGCAGGUGAAGGCUUCCGUUCUGCAGACGGUCUCUCUCUUGGCAUCGCAGAACCUUCCUGCCGUGAUAUCUAGUCUCCUCAGCUACCCGCUGCCCUUUGAUAAGCCUGCAGGGGAGAUGUGGCAGUCGCUGGCAGGAGAUGUGACCCUGGCGAGGAAAUCUCUGGAAUUCCUAACGGAGCGAUUGAACAAACAGUUGCCGUACGAUGAGAAGAGGGAGUCGAUGCUGCGCAAGAGUGUCACACGGUUCGCCACGAUCCAGCCGCUGGUGGUGACCUGCGCUCUCACCCAGCUGCUCUCUACGGUGGAUAGUGCCGAGGCUGUCAGUAUCCUCUACCCCUCCCUCUUCAGUUCAUUGCUCGGCCGGGUGGGCUGCACUGUCGGGGUGCGGCUCCCGAAAGACCCAGCGAAGGACCGUCAUAACCGCCUACCCAAGGACCUGGACGUCUGCAGCUGCUCGGUGGAGGCUUUGAGGCUGUUGACCGUUCGAGGGAAGGGUGAGGAGCUGCUGCGGAUGAUGGAGGAGGAGAAGGGCUGGGAUUUGAUGAGGAGCCCUGAAUCGCAUCACCAAGGAGUGGCAGUGCUGGCCAGGGCGAUGGCUCAACAUGGAGUCACUCACCUCAGCAGCAUCGUGGAGCAGCUAGCCCCCAUGCUGAGCAGCCCGUACGAGGGACAGAGAGUCACCACCGUCGCUUUCUUCGGAGAGUUACUGAACCACCGUGUGACCUCUGACCUGGUCCUGACUGACGUCCUGCUCAGCAGUUUGCUGCCCUGUCUGGUGGAUACGUCCAGCGUUGUCCGGAUGUUGACCAUCAGAGGCCUGGGGAACGCUGCUGUCGGAGCUCCUCACAAGAUUCACAAAUACUCGACCAAGCUGCUGUCGGCCAUGAUUGCUGGGGUGGAUGAGAAAGAUGACCCGGACGACCUGAUCACCCUGGAGGCCAUGUCCAGCCUCUCCAAGGUCCUGGACCAACUCGACGAGAUCGACGUCCAGCCCAUUCUGAUCAACAUCGCCCUCCGCAUCCGGCCCUUCUUCGAGAAGGAUAAAGACGCUGUGCGGGCUGCAGCUUUCACCGUUUUUGGGAAGCUGUCGCGGUUUGGAGACGGACAAUCAAAAGCUGACUUUGUGGAACAAAUUCACUCGAGUCUGGUCAGCCUGCUGCUGCAUCUGAACGACAGCAGUGAGGAGGUGGUGAAGGCCUGUAAGUUUACUUUGCGAUUAGUGGGGCCUUUAUUAGGUUCAGAAAGUGUCCGUGCGAUGUUGCAGAAACACCUCCUGGAGGAAGCAAACCUACACUACGGAGAAUUCAUCAAUGACUUGGCGAAACACAUUAUCAGUGAUUUCCCGGAGAAGGUCAACUUUUACAUAAUGGGCAAUGUCUCUUUCUUCAAGAGUGUGUGGCCUGAGAUUCGUGGAAAUGCUGUCAUGUUUACAGGGUUUCUCCUGGGCAAUCUGUCACAGGAUGAGCUUCAGUCCAUUUCUCUGGAGCAUGUGUGCACAGCGAUCAUCCUGCUCCUGCGUGAUGGUGUUCCCAGUGUCCGAAUCAAGGCAGCUGAGGCUCUGAGUCUUCUCCACGAAUUGUGAUGGGUCAUAGGAUGGGAGGAGACUGCCUCCUCUUCUCUCUCCUCCUCCUGCUGCUGCUCAGAGACUGGUUUCCCUCGGAUUUGUUUUUAUAGAAAGGGGCUGGAGGGCAACGUGGCCAAGACUGUGGAGUGAGAGAGAAUGGUCCCAAAUGUUACAACUUUCAAUCUCCCCCACUUGAUUGACCACUAGUUGAGAGGGUGAACAAGGUACAUGCUUGUGGGGGUGUUCACCACCUCUUCAUCACUUACUGUUUCAGAUCUGUCUCCCCAUUUCCCUUGAGAGAAACCCAAAUUCAUUCCAAUUCAAUUCACUCUCUGCUACCAGUUCCAGAAUUGUUGGGCUACUGACAAUGAUAAGUUGUCUCCUUUUUCUUUUAGUAAGGGCUUUUUAAAAAUAAUCAUGUUGAUUGCAUUCUGCUGCUGGAGUGGUCUGCAUGAGAUAUCUGAUCUUUUGGAGUUACUCUUUAUGCUUCCUUGUUUGGGAUGUUUUGUGCCUUUCCCUAGUGCAGUAAUGGCUCUGCUGCAGAGGCCAUUGCAGUGGCUGAGGGCCCAGACCUUGCGCAAGUGGCCUGGACUCAUGAAUGAGCACCAUUGGCUUCCAAUCCUUUCUACCUGUUUUGCGUACGCACACACAGGCUGGUGGAUUCACACAGAAAGACUGAAUGAUGGUGGUGGGAAAAGAAGCCAUGGUUGGGUUUCUAAAUACUGCAAUCCCAAAAUAAGUGUUCAUGGAUGGAUUGUGCCUUCCAGCUGUGUCACACUGUGGCAGUUCCUGCUUCUCCAGCAGGCUGCGUUCUCUCCCUAAUCCACAAGCAGUUGAGCACUUUUCAUCUCUCUACUAGUCCCAAUAACUCUCCAGAUUCAUUUUUUUGUGCGUCCAGGAUAAGACAGGUUUCCCAGUUAGGUGGAGUCACUGUCUUGGGGACACUGAUAAAUUACUGGCUUUACUGAGGUUUCUGGUUUUAAGGUUGAGCUGUUUAAUUCCAAUUCAUAUUGUUCUCCUGCACGUGGGCAUAAAAUGUUAAUUUUUCUGUCAAAAAGACUUGACUUCAUAGCACCAAGAAGUUAAGCUUCAGUGAAUUUAAAUAGAGAGCUGUGAUGGUGCUAAGUGACCUCUCCCAAAGAUCCAAGGAUAGAGUGGAAUCUAAUCUCUAAACGGAGGUGGGCAGAAAACACCUCCGUCUCCUCGACUAAAAGACCAUUAAAGCUGGUACAGUGCUGUGACCAGCCUCCAGGUGAAGGUCCAAUCUGUGAAUGCUUGAACUGGCCUGUGGUUGAACGUUGGCCUCUCAUUGCCUACCUGCCAGAACUCCCUCUGAGCCACCUCUCCCUUUCCUGAGAAGGAGUGAUGACUGGUCUCUCGCUGUUGUAGUAACUUUUUUUGAGAAGGUGCUUUGUUGUCUCCUUGUUUUGAAGUUUUCUCCCAGUUAGUGUUUGUUAUCCAGAAACACAACUCUGGUCCAGGGAGCAGGCUGACCUGGAGCUUAACUCUUCACUGCCAGUGCCUCAGCUCUGACCUGCCAGAGGGCUUGCAAGGAACUGGGAACUAGUACAAAAGCUUGUUGUCAUUGAAGCAGAGAGUGGGUGGCCAACAACAGUGUGGAUACGCACACAGUGCCCAGAAACCUAAAGGUACAGCAGUGAUGCUGGCUGGACUGAAAUAGGGAUUCCUGCAAAAUUGAACACAGGCACUAAUUGUAACAGUUCAGGGGGGAUUACACACACCCAACAGUUUCAUUCAAAGGAGUCACUGCCCAUAGCCUCAAUUUGUUUGUAUGUUAGAUCAUCAGAUGGGAAAAUUAGAAAGUGGGAUAUGAUUUCUGACUCACAGGGAAAUUGGUUUACGGGUUUCACCAGCUCCAUCCCCAGCAUUGGUUGGAUUUCUAAUUGCCUGGCCCACUUUAAGUGUAACUAAAUUAAAUCAGACUGGAAAUGGCAGAGAUGUCUUUAAUAAUAAAACUACUGAAUGUAAUGCCAAUGUAAAUCGGUGGAAAUAUGGUACAUAUUAUACAAAGAUCUAAAAAUGUAUAUGAUUUAAAAAGCA